UUAACUUUAUUUGACUAAUCCGGGAACAUUUUUUAAUACAUUCUUGUCACAACCCUACUUGUCCUCUUGUUCCACACUUCACCACAACACUCUACGAUGUUUAAUUUGAGCCCUAACCUCUAAUUAACUUGAACUUGUAAUAUGUUUUGACGUGGACUGAACUUUAAUCGACUAAUCGAAGGAAACAAAUAAAAAAAAAACAACUGCUGUUUGGUGGACAGCUCAGAUGUCGGGGGCUGGGAGCGGCCCGUGAACGCAUCCUAAUCCAGCCCCGCCGCGGAGCCGCCAUUUUGGUUCCACCUAACUCAGACAGCUUCACUUCGGGCCACCGGAGAUGGAAGAAACCGAACCGACGGCGAGUAUCUCAGCCGCCGACACCGUCUGAUCCCCGGUAGGAAACAUCCAGCGCGGAGCCUCGACGCCAUGGCUUCUUUUUAAACCGGUAUUUUCGAGGAAGGGGGGGAAAAAAAGCCCGGAGCCAUUUUUGGUUGGACGGCGCCCGAGCGUCAGUUUAGUUCACGGACUCGAACCCACCGGACGGACGGACGGACGCUGCCUCGGUUUCGAACACACUUCAUGCUCGGUGCGGACACACGCACGGGUCAUUUCCCCUCGGUCCGUGUGCUCCGGCACGUCCGCUGCUUCUCCGAGAACCGAUCCAUGCGGAGGCAGCUCGACCCGCGGAGCGAGGCGCAGAGUCGGGUUUAGUGUCGAGUGUGUGUGUCGGUGGAUUUUUUUUUUUUUUUUUUUGUGGGGGGGGAGAACGUAAGAACCGGGACCGGAGGAGAAGAUGUCAAACAAAACUCCAUUACCCACAGUGAACGAGAAGGGGACGGAGACGCACACGUCUCACAGUAAUGGGCGUCAGGAGGUCGGCACGCGCUCGAGCCGCACCGGCGUGCGAUCACGCAGCUCGGAGGAGCCGCAGCAGCCCCACGUCGGCAACUACCGGCUGCUCAAAACCAUCGGCAAGGGCAACUUCGCCAAGGUCAAACUGGCCCGACACAUCCUCACCGGCAGAGAGGUGGCAAUUAAGAUAAUAGACAAGACGCAGCUGAACCCAAACAGCCUUCAGAAGCUCUUCAGAGAAGUUAGAAUAAUGAAGAUCUUGAAUCAUCCGAAUAUAGUCAAGCUUUUUGAAGUGAUUGAGACGGAGAGGACGCUCUACCUGGUGAUGGAAUACGCCAGCGGAGGAGAGGUGUUCGACUACCUGGUUGCACAUGGAAGAAUGAAGGAAAAAGAGGCCAGGGCUAAAUUUAGACAGAUUGUAUCGGCGGUGCAGUACUGUCACCAGAAGCACAUUGUUCACAGAGACCUCAAGGCUGAGAACUUGCUCCUAGACGCAGACAUGAACAUCAAGAUCGCAGAUUUCGGCUUCAGCAACGAGUUCACUAUGGGCAACAAGCUGGACACAUUCUGCGGCUCUCCUCCGUACGCAGCGCCGGAGCUUUUCCAGGGGAAGAAGUAUGACGGGCCGGAGGUGGACGUCUGGAGCCUGGGAGUCAUUCUGUACACGCUGGUCAGCGGCUCGCUGCCCUUCGAUGGACAGAACCUCAAGGAGCUGCGGGAGCGUGUGCUGCGAGGAAAGUACCGCAUCCCCUUCUACAUGUCCACAGACUGCGAGAACCUCCUCAAACGCUUCCUGGUGCUCAACCCGGCCAAGCGGGGUACUCUCGAGGUGAGGGAGGACGCAGAAAAUCAAAUCAUGAAGGAUCGAUGGAUCAAUGCCGGAUUUGAGGAGGACGAGCUGAAGCCUUAUACUGAACCUGAGCUUGACAUCACGGAUCAGAAGAGAAUAGAUGUGAUGGUGGGGAUGGGCUACAACCUGGAGAAGAUCCAGGACUCUCUGGCCAAGAUGAAAUAUGAUGAGAUCACAGCCACCUACCUGCUGCUGGGCAGGAAGGCCUCUGAGCUGGAGCCCAGCGAGUCGGCCUCCAGCAGUAACCUCUCUCUGGCCAAACCGAGACCGAACAGUGAGCUCAACGGCCAGUCACCCUCCCACCUCAAGGUGCAGAGGAGCGUCUCCUCCAACCACAAACAGAGGCGCUACAGUGAACAAGUUGGUCAAAACGUCCCUCCAGGGAUGGCUCAUCCGAAGAGGAGUCAAACCACCACGGCGGAGAACAGCGUGAAGGAGGAAGGAGGCGUCCAGCUGCGUAAACCCAGCACCCCGGGGAGCCGCGGCGCUCCACCCGCCAGCCCUCUGCUGGGCAACGCCAACAACCCCAACAAGGCCGACAUCCCUGACCGCAGGAAAGGCGCCACCACCGGCCCGAGUAACAACACUGCGUCGGCAGGGAUGACCAGGAGGAACACGUAUGUCUGCAGUGACAGAAACAACACGGACCGUCUCUCCGUCAUCCCCAACGGGAAGGAGAACAGCAGCGUCGCCGUGUCGCCCGGCAGCCAGAGGAACCCGGUGGCGUCGACCCACAGCAUCACCAACGCCACCACGCCCGACCGGCUCCGCUUCCCCCGAGGCACCGCCAGCCGCAGCACCUUCCACGGGGGCCAGCUGAGAGACCGCCGCACGGCCACGUACAACGGGCCGCCGGCCUCGCCCACCCUCUCCCACGAUGCCACGCCUCUCUCCCAGACUCGCAGCCGUGGAACCAGCAACCUGUUCUCCAAACUCACCUCCAAACUCACCCGCAGAAACAUGUCAUUCAGGUUUACCAAAAGAGUCUCAACCGAGUUUGAGAGAAACGGGAGACUUGAGGGCUCAAGUCGCCAUGUACCUGGGGAUCAAAAAGGGGAAAAUAAAGACAGUAAACCUCGCUCCCUCAGAUUCACUUGGAGUAUGAGGACCACCAGCUCCAUGGAGCCUUGCGACAUCAUGCGGGAGAUUCGCAAGGUGCUCGACGCCAACAACUGCGACUACGAGCAGCAAGAGAGUUUCCUGCUUCUUUGCGUCCACGGGGACGGGCGAGCCGAGAACCUGGUCCAGUGGGAGAUGGAGGUCUGCAAGCUUCCCCGUCUCUCCCUCAACGGCGUCAGGUUCAAGCGGAUAUCCGGAUCAUCCAUCGCUUUCAAAAACAUUGCUUCCAAAGUUGCCAACGAGUUAAAGCUAUGAACAAAAGGGUUUAAAAGUAUACAUAUAUAUAUCUAGAAGUAUUUAAGCUGUACAAUCAUCCAAGUAGCAGUUUCCAAAUGUCUCCUUUUUUAAAACAAAAUACAGAGUAUGUAUUGAAUAUGAUAAUGUAUAGUUUAAGGCUUUUGGCAAUAAUCACUGAAUUACCUACUAAUAUCUGCGUCUGUUGUGGCCACACGGGGCCGACAUUAACGAGUUGAAUAUGAUUUGUCAUGCUGUGAAUGUGGACAAAAAAAACAUUUCUAGUCUUAUUUAUUUAAUCUUUUUUUUCUCUCCCGGAAAAAGAUAAAAAAUUGACGUAGCAUUUUGUUUUCAGUGUAAAUAAUGUAUCUUACUUUCGAGACAGCUUCACCGCAAUACUCAUUUUGUUCGUUCUUUUCUUUUGUAUCUCGUUGGAGCGGAGGUGACGGGGGAGUCCGUGUAAACGCCCACAUGGUUAAAGUUCACUCAUGUCUCAAUUAAAGUGUCUGUCAACUUA